AUGGCAUCAUUUGUUACAGUUAGAGGACAGGCCCUCUCGUUAGAAUCACAAACAGAAUCUUUACUGUCGAAAUUCUCACAGUUCGCACAGGCCACAAGCUCGGAGCCGACAUCCAAAGAGAGAAGCGUGGACAGUCGACUCGAAAGCAUACUUAUUCAAAGGCAAGAGGUGGUAGAUUCUUUGAGCAAAAUAUGCGAUGAGACCCCAGGAAUCUCGUCAUCUAAGACUUUGCAGGUACAACGGCAUCGGGAGGUGCUGCAUGAACACCGGCAGCAUUUCAGGAACUUAAGAUCAUCCAUUCAGCAGGAGCGCAACAGGUUGAAUUUGUUGUUUAGCGUCAAGAAGGACAUUGCCCAACAGUCGGAAGAGAGCCCAGAUGCAUACAUCCAGGAUGAAAGUCGCAGAAUUGAGGAGUCGCACAAUGUGGUGGACAGCUUGUUGUCACAGGCAUGGCAAACAAGAGACCAAUUUGCGGCACAAAGAGUUACACUUCAAUCGGCGAGCGAUAAAAUGCUGUUCACGUUGCAGCGGGUCCCGGGCAUCAAUCAGAUAAUUUCCAAGAUUAACACGAGAAGAAAGAAAAACGCCGUGAUACUGGCGGGCCUAAUUACAGUUUGUAUAUUAUUCUUAUUUUUCACCUGGUAA